CCCGCCCCCAAGCGCCGCCGCCUCUCCCGCUGCCUCCAGGAAGGAGGGGGCCCCGCGGAUGCCCACAGGCGAGCAGCUCUGAUGCUGGCGCGGCCCUGGACCCCCAGGGGAUAUGGGCGUGCUCAGGGCUGGACUGUGCCCGGGCCUUACCCCGGACACGGUCCAGCUUCUGAAGACCCGCGGACUCAGAACAGUGGUGGACCUGGUUUCUGCAGACCUGGAGGAGGUAGCCCAGAAAUGUGGUUUGUCUUAUAAGGCUCUGGUUGCCCUGAGGCGGGUGCUGCUGGCCCAGUUCUCGGCUUUUCCCUUCAAUGGCGCUGAUCUCUAUGAGGAACUGAAGACCUCCACUGCCAUCUUGUCCACAGGCGUUGGAAGCCUGGACAAACUGCUUGAUGCUGGUCUCUACACUGGAGAGGUGACAGAAAUCGUGGGAGGCCCAGGAAGUGGCAAAACCCAGGUAUGUCUUUGUGUGGCUGCAAAUGUGGCCUAUGGCCUGCAGCAGAACGUCCUAUACAUUAAUUCCAGUGGAGGACUGACAGCCUCCCGCAUCCUGCAGCUACUUCAAGCCAAGACUCCGGAUGAGGAGGAGCAGGCAGGAGCUCUCCGGAGGAUCCAGGUGGUGCAUGUGUUUGACAUCUUCCAGAUGUUGGGUGUGCUGCAGGACCUCCGAGGCUCUGUGGCCCAGCAGGUGAGCAGUUCUUCAGGAACCGUGAAGGUGGUGGUUGUGGACUCGGUCACUGCGGUGAUCUCCCCACUUCUGGGAGGUCAGCAAAGGGAAGGCUUGGCCUUGAUGAUGCAGCUGGCCCGAGAGCUGAAGACCCUGGCCCGAGACCUUGGUGUGGCAGUGUUGGUGACCAACCACAUGACCCGAGACAGGGAUAGUGGGAAGCUCAAACCUGCCCUUGGACGCUCCUGGAGCUUUGUGCCCAGCACCCGGAUUCUCUUGGAUAUCGCUGAAGGAGAAGGAGCUUCAGGCAGUGAGCGCACAGCAUGUCUGACCAAAUCUCCCCGUCUGGUGAGCUGGCCCCAGGGGAAAGCCAGAAAUCUGGGCCCUUGGCAGCCAACAGGGUUCCAGGAGAUAGUGGACAUUGGGACCUGGGGAACUCUACCACAGGGCCCAUUACCAGGAGGUCAGACAUGGCUGUGCUGUUGGUUGGGGAACGAGAGGCACCAAGGCCCCCCAACUCCCAAGUGCAGUGAUGCCCACUGCUCAUGCCACCCAGCACAGGGACUGCAGUAGAAGCUCUUGGGCUGGGCAAAAGAGACAUGUGUUUCCUCUGCCCCUCUCUGGAAACGUAGAGCUACAGGUGAGAGAAUGUACAGCGGAAGGACCCAGAAAUUCGUGCCAGUACAAAGUUGUCUUCCCUUGUUUCUACCACAUUUGUUUCCACUGGGGCCAUAUUCACCCUGACUUGUCAUCUCUGAAGAGGCAAGGCUACUGACUGGACAGAUGACCUGUGUGUCACCCUCAUACCUGUGCUCCGUCCUAACACAGACUGAGUCCUGAAGCCUCUAGCGCUGCUGCCCUCCCCUUUUUUGAGUUACUGGGUGGAAGUAACCUCAUAAGUGCAGAACUCUUUAUCUAUGUCCUGCUUUUAAAAAUAUAACAAGAAAGUCUGUGAGCCCAGAGUCACCCAGUUUCCCCCCAUAAGGUUUAUUUUUCAGUUUUCCCCAGUGAGGCCCCAAAGACUGGUUAUUCCUUUUUUCCUCUUACUGACUUGGUUUCACACACCUGCAUGCAUUAGCAUGGCUAGGUGAGACUGGGAGCUCGCUGCAAUCCCAGGGAUGUAAUUUAACAGGGAGGGAGGAUGUGACCCCAGUGAAUCCAGCUGCCUGUUUAUUAUGCACAGUGCCCUUUGGGGCCUCUCCACAGUAUAGAGUAGCCAGAAGUGCAGAACCAUGGCCUUGCUCAUAAACAGAGGAGAAUUUGCACAGUGAAUAGAGCCAGCUGGGGAAAUUGAUGCUGCCAUAAAUAAUACACGGCAAAUCUCAUCCUUUAUGCAGAAAUUCAUUGCUGGUGGCUUUGAGAUGCAAUAUAAUUACCCUUCUUUUCCUGCCAGCUGUACCACAGCCUAGUGCCCUAGUGUAUGAAAUAACCCCCGUCUGGUAUGGGCACUGUUGCUCCGUCUGAGCUGUAUCCCUGGCUGGGAGGAGAGGAGGGCACCAGGGAAGGAAUAACAAAAAGCAAAAUAGAGAAAUGAUCAGAAUUAUUUACUGACCAUAUUUUUUAAAGGAAAGUUUCCUUUCUUGGUUACAGAGCUGGUUGUGUAAUUAAUUAGUUGUGUGUUGGCUGCAGGAAAGGGAGUUCAGAGUUACAGGGGGAAGUUGUGACAUUCAGAGACGAUGAACACAGCAGGGGUAGAAGCAUUGAAAUGAGUGGCAGACUGGCUUGAGGGUGUCUGAGUUAGGAUGGCAUUGGUAAGCCUAAGACUGGGGAAGCCUUGGCACUGUUCACAGAAGACCCCAGGAGAAACAUCUUCAGAAUCUCUACCAUGAGUGGUUGGCGCAUUUCUACAACCAUAGUAAGAAAUAGUAUGUUAAGCUAGGAAUGGUAAAUCCCUGCCACUUGUACCAUUUGGGCAUUCUGGGCCCAUGCAGACAGCAUUGGUUCAUCAAGCAGUCUUUUUUGCAGAGCUUGGAGUGUUUUGCAGUUUUUCUCCAUACAAUUGUCCAGGUAGCUACCACCACUCAGUUGGAGUUGGCAUUUAAGGUGGGCAGAUCUGCCAUGCUUCCUCUAUGUGGUGAGUCAGGUACUUGUUCCCUGGCUGAGGACCCUAGAAUAAUGCAUUUUGAGAGGCCUGUAAAGAUCAUAUGUCCCACCCUGUCAUUUAAUGGAAAAGGAAACUGAAGUCCAAAGAGAAGUGACAGCCCCAGUGGCAGAACAGGGGCUGGAUCUCAGGACUCCUGAUUCCUUGGCCAGGGCUCCUAUCUCCACAUUGCUGUUAGCUUUCAGCCCACAUGGUUCUCUUCCCACUGGGGGACUCACUCCAGCUGAAGGUGCCACAGCCCUCACCCAGGUGGCCUCUCUGGCCAUGGGACGGCGCCUACCUCACUACCACUGCACACUGUGUUCUGGGCUCACCACUGUGCAGUCCCCCUCCAGGCCUCCAGCCAGGCUGACUGCUGUCCAGCCGCCUUUGCUCCCUUUGCUUAGGUGUCUGCCUCGGCCCUCCCCCUACUGUGUUUGGUGCAUGCCCAGCCUGAGAGCCUCUCUUCUUUGCGCCUCACCUAUGGUCCAGACACACAUCAACCCCUGCAGUACCACUCCUACUUUCUGUUCACUUGUUCAUUUGUCUGCCCCUGAGCCUAAGAUCAACUUCAAGGACUCCCAUGUCAAUUUUUCUUUGGCUCUUUGCACAGCAUGAGAGCAAAUACCUGAAUGGGUGUGCUUUAAUGCAUUUUAAAUUUGACAAAGGAGAAAUGCAAGAAUGUGUUUCUCUUGAUCUACAUAGUCAUUGAGUUCCCACAGUGUUUUUUUAUAUAUCUUUCUACCAAGGAGUGUUAUAUGUCCUUGAUUUGGUAUUAGAAUUAAUAUUGAGUCCCUACUAUAUGCUAGCAUUUGGUAACUUUAAGUCGGGUAUAUCAACUCCCAAAGAUUCUCUCUGGCAAAAGGUCCAUGUGUCAUUGAGGGGGCUCCCUGCUAUAUGUAACAAAAUCUAGCUUAAAGAUGCUUACAACAAUAAGGACAUUAUCUCUAGUCACAUGAAGUCCAAGGUUGGCUCAUUCAGUGGCUCAUUGUCAAGGGGUGUAGGGCCUUUCCGUCUUUUUGCUGGUUUUGUCUUCAAACUUAAUCGUUCUCAUCAAAUGGAGGUAACCAUUCUGAAUAUCAAUGCAAACAUGACAGUAUCCACAAGCAGGAACAUGAUCACCUAGUUGUGUCCUUUUAUGAACCAGUAGAACUCAGGACUUCUUCCAACCAAAGCAUACUUACUUCAUAUCUCAUUGGCUCAGGAUUGCUUCAUGCAUCCAUGUCUUAAAUCAUGGCAAAGGAAAUAGGCAACUGUGAAUGGCUCAGACCAACCAGCAAAUAGCCCUGGGGAUGGGCUUUCUUUAAGCACACCCUGUAGCCAUUGCAAGGAAAUGGUAGUGCUCCUAGAAAGGAGGGUGUGUGUGUGGAGACGUUAGAUGUUGGGUGGGCCACCACUAGUGUCUGCCAUAGUCCAGAAGGCAAGUUUAAUGAGGCCUGCAUGUGCUGAGGCCCUUAGAUCUUAGGAUGGCCCUGUGUCCUGGGGUAUCGUUCCAUUUUACAGACUGUAUAGGAGCCCAGCAAGGUUAGGGGCAUAGAGCUAGUAAGUGGCAGCACCAAAAUCCAAACUCAAACUGGUCUGAUUCUAAACUCUCCUCCUUUCCAUCCUCAUGCUGCCUUUGGCUAUGAGUAUGUAAAUACUUCAAUAAAAUGCUUUUUCGUAUUUUGCCCUGAAAGCAGGGCAAAUGUGUAGCUAAGGCUACACAUCCCAACCUCUUCGCAGCUUAGUUCAUAAAAAACUGGAUCAAAGAUCUACGUUAUCAGCUCUUUCUGAUUUCUUCUAGGGAAGUUAAGAGAGAAUGACAAACACUUGCAGAAGGGAGGUUAUGUUGAUAUUAAAGUGAAUUGAAGGUUUAGGGGGAAAUAAAGCUGAAUAAAAAACAAUGGUGUUUACGUGCCCCUGAGAUGUGAGCCAGAAGAGAGAAGGGAUUUAGGUGCAUAUCCCACUAGGUUUUUGCUGUGUUCUGGCAUGGAGUUGUACUGGGUAGAGUUAAAACUGUCCAACUCAGUGUGUUAAGGAUGGGCAUUGGAGAAUAAAUUCUGUAAAAUAUAAAGCAUUCCUAUCUGAGAGAGGCUGCAUAUUACCACAGAAUGGAAUAGUUAACGACAAACACAGCAUGCUAACCCCAAUUUUGCUAUGGAGGUGACUCUCUGAGGGAGUUAUUGCCUAAGAAAUCAGUGGUAGGGUAAUUCCUAAAGAGAAGGGCCAGUCUGAGUUGUGCUCCUUCCUGGACACAGUACUGGCUACAUAGCUGAUGAAUGCAUGGUAUAUCAUUCAUCAAAGAUUACACUCAAAGGUUUUUCCUCAUUUUUUCUUGUCUUACUGCACUAGACUAACUUCAGGUACUAAGUUGAAAUAGAAGCAAUAAUAGCCAUUGUCCUUGUCUUGUUCCUGACUUGAGUGAGCUGUUCCCAAUAUUUUAUCAUUAAGUAAGAUGCUAUAGGUUCCCUGUAGUUGCCUUUUAUCAAGGUAAAGAUCCCAUGUGUUUCCUGUCUUGCCUGGAGAGAGAGGCCAGGUACUGGCUAUUACAUGUGCCAAGCGUGGAGUUUUCUCUCCCAGCAAUGGAAGGUCCAUGUGUCCCAGAGCUGUAGAGCUGCACUUCAGCUGCUGCACACAUUCAACUCUGAGUAGCCUUUGAAUCUUCCCUGCCUCUCUCUAGUUUCUGCAUGUGAUACCUCUGUUUAAGCCUGUGUUUUGCCAGAAGACAAUGGGCCUGUGCUGAAAAGGAUAAAGUCAAGAGGCAAGAUUUUUUACAUCUCAACUAACCUGGUCUUAGCUCUGACAUUUGCUUGUUGUACAUCAAUGGAUGAACCACUUAGCUUCUUUAACCCUUAGUUUUGUCCACUGUGAAAUGGGGGAAAUAAUACCUGCUGCAUAGAAUUCCUUUAGGGUCAUAUAGGUUAUGCAAAGCACCAAAUACUUUUCCAGUCUUCUAAAAGGCUCUUAACAUAUCAUUGUGAAGCUUAUGCUCCUUGGGAGAUACUUGUAACAGCUUCUUUCUGUCCUGGCAAGGGCAGCUUCAUGGUAGAGUGACCAGCACAGUUGCAGAGUCCUGUGCUUUAGUUUAAUGCUGUACUGUUGCCAUCCUGAAAUUCCUAGUACUUCAUGAAGAAGGGUCCCACAUUUUGCACUGUGCCCUGCAAACUAUGUAGCCAAUCCUAUCUCCAGAAGAGUAGGUUUCUCAUACUGGCCCUUCUCUUUAGGAAAUACUCUCCCACUGAUUUCUUAGGGGAUAACUCCCUCAGAGAGUAACCUCCAUAGCAAAAUUGGUGUUAGUAUGCUGUGUCUGUUUGUCAUUAACUAUUCCAUUCUGGGGUAACAUAUGCAGCCUCUCUCAGAAAGGAAUACUUUAUAUAUAUAUUUUUUUCUUUUGGUAUCAUUAAUCUACAAUUACAUGAGGAACAUUAUGUUUACUAGACUCCCCACCAUCACCAAGUUCCCCCCACAUACCCCAUUACAGUCACUGUCCAUCAGCAUAGUAAGAUGCUAUAGAAUCACUACUUGUCUUCUCUGUGUUUCACAGCCCUCCCCAUGCCCCCCCACAUUAUACAUGCUAAUCAUAAUGCCCCCUUUCUCCCCACCCCCCCUUAUCCUUCCCUUCCCACCCAUCCUCCCCAGUCCCUUUCCCUUUAGUAACUGUUAGUCCAUUCAUGGGUUCUGUGAGUCUGCUGCUAUUUGGCUCCUUCAGUUUUUACUUUGUUCUUAUACUCCACAGAUGAGUAAAAUCAUUUGAUACUUGUCUUUCUCCGCCUGGCUUAUUUCACUGAACAUAAUACCCUCUAGCUCCAUCCAUGUUGUUGCAAAUGGUAGGAUUUUUUUACUUCUUAAUGGCUGAAUAAUAUUCCAUUGUGUAUAUGUUCCACAUCUUAAUCCAUUCAUCUACUGAUGGUUGGUUCCAUUUCUUGGCUAUUGUGAAUAGUGCUGCAAUAAACAUAGGGGUGCAUACAUCUUCUUGAAUCUGGGAUCUUGUUUUCUUUGGUUAAAUUCCUAGGAGUGGAAUUCCUGGGUCAAAUGGUAUUUCUAGUUUGAGCUUUUUGAGGAACCCGCAUACUGCUUUCAGCAAUGGUUGAACCAAAUUACCUUCCCACCAGCAGUGUAGGAGGGUUCCCCUUUCUCCACAACCUCGCCAACAUUUGUUGUUUGUCUUUUGGAUGGUGGCAAUCCUUACUGGUGUGAGGUGAUAGCUCAUUGUGGUUUUAAUUUGCAUUUCUCUGAUGACUAGUGAUGUGGAGCAUCUUUUCAUGUGUCUGUUGGCCAUCUGAAUUUCUUUGGAGAACUGUCUGUUCAGCUCCUCUGACCAUUUUUUGAUUGGAUUAUUUGAUUUUGUUUGUUGAGGUGUGUGAGCUCUUUAUAUAUUUUGGGUGUCCACUCUUUAUCGGAUCUGUCAUUUAUGAAUAUAUUCUCCCAUACUGUAGGAUGCCUUUUUGUUCUCUUGGUGGUGUCCUUUGCUGUACAGAAGCUUUUCAGUUUGAUGUAGUCCCACUUGUUCAUUUUUGCUUUUGUUUCCCUUGCCCUGGGAGAUAUGUUCAUGAAGACGUCACUCAUGUUUAUGUCCAAGAGAUUUUUGCCUAUGUUUUUUUCUAAGAGUUUUAUGGUUUCAUGGCUUACAUUCAGGUCUUUGAUCCAUUUCUAAUUUACUUUUGUGUAUGGGGUUAGACAAUGAUCCAGUUUCAUUCUCUUACAUGUAGCUGUCCAGUUUUGCCAACACCAGCUGUUGAAGAGGCUGUCAUUUCCCCAUUGUAUGUCCAUGGCUCCUUUAUCAUAUAUUAAUUGACCAUAUAUGUUUGGGUUAAUAUCUGGACUCUAUUCUGUUCCACUGCUCUGUGGCUCUGUUCUUGUGCCAGUACCAUAUUGUCUUGAUUACUGUGGCUUUGUAGUAGAGCUUGAAGUUGGGGAGUGAGAUCCCCCCUGCUUUAUUCUUCCUUCUCCGGAUUACUUUGGCUAUUCGUGGUCUUUUGUGGUUCCAUAUGAAUUUUAAAACUAUUUGUUCUGGUUCGUUGAAGAAUGCUAUUGGUAUUUGAUAGGGAUUGCAUUGAAUCUGUAGAUUGCUUUAGGCAGGAUGGCCAUUUGGACAAUAUUAAUUCUUCCCAGCCAAGAGCAUGGGAUGAGUUUCCAUUUGUUAGUGUCCUCUUUAAUUUCUCUUAAGAGUGUCUUGUAGUUUUAAGAGUAUAGGUCUUUCACUUCCUUGAUUAGGUUUAAGGAAUACUUUAUAUUUUACAGAAUUUAUUAGGUCCAGAAAAGAGGGAGCUGGUGAAGUGGAAUGAUGGUUUGGGAUUUUGGACUCAGGAAAAGAUUUAGAUUCAAAAUGCUGCAGGGUCCUUUCUGGCCAAAUUGAACAAGAUGAUGUCUCUUUCUUAUUGGUAAAAUCUAUGCUGCCAGGGAAUUAACUUUACUUAUUGGUAAAAUGUAAUUCUUGGGGGGAUUGAAUAGAUAAUUUAUGUAAAGUGCCUUUCACAGAGAGUCUGGCACACAGUAGGUGCUCAAUCACCAUUAAUUCUCCCGGCUCUUGCCAGAAGUAACAAAAAUCAGGGCACUAGGACUUACAAACCAUGUUGCUACUAAUAAAAGAAAUAAUAUGAUUUAUUUUUCACUACUGUUUGGGAAAAGGCAUAUGCUUCAUAAAUAUAUAUUGGAAAGUACUUAGCAAAUGAGUUGAAAUAAUAAAAAUAUGUCAAAGUAAA